AUAUCGGCACAGACGAAAACAAAAACUGAAUUUAACAACUUUAAGCAGAGAGAGAGAGAGAGAGAGAUCAAGCGAGCGACUGAGAGAGAGUGGUGUUCAGACAGAACCAAACCACGAUCCGUGCUUCUUUGUCCUUUUCUUCCUUCUCCAAACAAACAAAAGAAGAAGAAAAUCCCUUCCCCGACACUCCCAUUUGAACGGAGCUCAACAUUGCUCGAGACAGAGAGAGGUUAGGGAGAUAAACGAUGGAGCGGUACGGUCGCGUCGGCGAAGAAGGGCCACGGGCGGAUCCAUCACCUCCCGGAACCGAAACCGGUUUAGAAGGUUCGAUGUGGCGGUUAGGGCUGCGAGGCGGUGGAGGUGAAUCAUUCCCGGAGCGUCCCGAUGAGCCUGAUUGUAUUUAUUACUUACGUACCGGUGUUUGCGGGUACGGUUCCAGGUGUCGGUUCAAUCACCCACCAAACCGUGUACCGGUCUUGGGAGGUCUCAGAACAGAACCUGGAGAGUUUCCAGAGAGAAUGGGACAACCCGUGUGUCAGCAUUUUAUGAGAACGGGAACAUGUAAGUUCGGUGCUUCUUGCAAGUAUCACCAUCCUAGACAAAGAGGAGGAGAUUCUGUUACUGUCUCAUUAAACUACAUGGGAUUCCCAUUACGCCCGGGUGAGAAAGAAUGCUCCUAUUACAUGAGAACCGGUCAUUGUAAAUUCGGUUCCACCUGUCGGUUUCACCAUCCCCUUCCUCCUGGUGCACAACCGCCAUCUCACCAGCAGCAGUUAUCAACUGGUUCAGCUAUUUAUCCAUCGUUACAGUCUCAGUCAGGUGUUUUUGUAGCAAGACCACAGCUUUUACCAGGCUCCUAUGUUCAAAGCCCUUACGGUACUUACAGCCAAAUGGUUCUUCCUCCUCCCGGUAUGGUUCCAUACCCGGGCUGGAACCCUUACCAGGCUUCCCCUGGGAGUCAACCCUCUAUGGGAUCAAGCUCUGUUCCUUUGGCGCCUGCUUAUCAAACGAGCCUAUCUUCAAAUAAGGAGCAAUCUUUUCCUCAGAGACCUGGAGAACCAGACUGUCAGUACUUUAUGAGAACCGGAGACUGUAAAUUUGGAGCCUCUUGCAGAUUCCAUCACCCUCUUGAAGCAGCACCACCAAAAGGAGUUAAUCUCAGCAAUAUUGGCCUCCCACUUCGUCCUGGCACAGCGCCAUGCAGCCACUUUGCGCAACAUGGGAUCUGUAAGUUUGGGCCUGACUGCAAAUUUGACCACUCCAUGGGCUCUUCUUCACUAAGCUACAGCACGUCUGCUUCUUCGCUCACUUACCCUCCAGGAUCCUCAUCGCUCGGCACAUUAGCUGCGUCAUCAUCAUCGACGUCUGACCAACGCACAGAGCUUCACUCUUCGAGCUCCGUUAAACCAAAAACCACUACAAGUGGUGGCUCGGAAACUGUGUCCGCUGGAGUUUCUUCUUCUAUGACCGGGGGUGUGAGCGAGUCUGAGCCUGUUGCUGAGACCAAAAAUGGUGACUCGGCUAGCAUUGAGGAUGAGGUUAAGGCUUCAAGUUAAAGAGACAAAACUCAAAGGAGAGAAGAGAAGAGAAUCUCUCUCUAUUCUUCUUAGGUUAUCAUCUCUCUCUUUUUUUCUCUAUCUUCUUUUCAUCAAACUUUCAUGAACUCAGGAACAUAAAAAGGGAAAAGAUUCGUUUUUUGGGUAGAGACAGACAACACCAAGAAGCAGAAGGAGAGAGAGACGAAAGCAGCUCUAGUUUUAUGUGUUAUGUCUUUCCUCUUAUGUCUCUCUUACCAUGUUCAUAUGAUUCCUUCAUACGGCCAUCUAUCUUUUUUUCUUUUCUUUUUUCUGUUCAAACAUUUCGAAAACAAUUGUUAAUAAAAUGGCCUGAAAAUCCUUUGUUUCUUAA